AAAUGACAUGUCAGACCACGUGGAAUGUUGUGACAGCAUCUGUCCGAAAGAAGCUGGAAAUUCUACCGAAGGGGAAAGUAAGUGCCUGGUUCAAGCUGAAGAAUAUGGUACCAGAUUUAACAUUAAAACUCAGGCGGUGUCCGAAGUUGCUAUCCCGAUGUUUCCCAGAAACCCGAAAUGGGUAGAAUUUUCUCCACCGGUACGCCUUCAUGUUAAAUAUGAUAUCGAUGACAAGGACCCUCUUCGAGCUUUGCUAGCAAAACUGCCAGAUUAUAGUGAAUCGCAGCUAACUAUUUCUCAAUGUAUACAUAUUGUUGGUCAAAGAAAGGAAAAAUAGAUCAGGUCUAUCAUUUGGAAGUUGUUUUUUUUUGAAGAUUGAUAUAUAAAAACAAAAAUUAGAAUUUUUCUAAAUGUCGUUCAGACACUCAAACGUUACUGAUCUGAGAUGUUAAUCUGUAUUUUGUAAUUUUCAUAAUGUUUUUCACUAUGGAAUCUUGACUCUUAAUUUUAUUGAAAGGUUAUUUUUCAAAAAGUUGCUGAAAUAAAACUGGGAAAAAAGAUAAGCGACAGAAUUAGACUAAAUUGGACUAAAUGCCUUGCGUUCUUUAGUUACAUCACUUAAUGUUUCGAGUUCAAAUCCUGCCAAAGUCAAUAUUAAUUUUCAUCUUUCGAAGGCCGAUAAAAUAUGCACGUCGGUAUAAUCAAAUGUCUGAAGCAUGACUGUAGUCCAAUGAAUGUAACCAGUAAAAGAUCAUUGGACACACGAUGUCAUCACUGUAACAGUUCAAUACCGAACCCUAAGUUUGAAAACUUAUUCUAUCGGGAACCAGCUACAUCGAAAUUUUCUAGAAUAUUUUUCUCUUGUGAAAAUUGAAUUACUGAUAAAACAAAUUUACACUUAUAUUUUAUUUACUUAAUACUGACUUAGUAUGCCUAGCAUGUUAGACUUAACAAUUUAAAGAUAACCACAGACACCUAAUACUCAGUAUGUGGUUAUUUCUGAAAUCUUUCUUUCUCAAAUACUAACUCGAGAUCCAUGCAUUGUUGUUUAGCCCCGGGUCAACCAUUAUAGGUAUGAGAUCAAAUGCGUGCCAGUAGUGAUGGUUCCGUCUUAUUGUACAUAAAUUGUUAAGGCGCUUGUGAUUCGAAGGGAUUUACCUGCUAUCGAUAGCAGAACAAGCAACUGAAGUCGUCAAUUUACUAAUAUUAAGCUGAAAAUAAUCGUAUCGAUAUCGAAAAAUCUCUGGAGGUUAGUUACCGCCAGGCUUCCUAGAGUAUAAAACAUUGUCAGUAUGUAACGCUAUUCAAAGUCAAUUCCUGUGGAGUUUGAAUUGGGAAAUAUUUUACUAAAUACUGUGAAUCUUUUAUUCAAUGUGACUUUAAUAUUAUCAGUGUCUUCUACUGUCGCCUCGGGCCGACCAAAGCCUUGAGUGAAUUUGGUCGACAAACUGAAAAGAGCCCGUCGUGUAUGUAUA